AUGUUUCCCCAAAUUUCCUCCCCCGAAUUUCAUCAACAUAUUUGUCGCCGAAAAGCACGUCAAAAAUGGGCUCAUUCUUUAACGAUGUCACGUCUGUCAGUUAACCACAAGUUAGAGACCAUUGUAUCAUUGGAUACGAAAACGAAAGAACUGAUUGUUGAAAUUGAAAACAUUAGCAAAGGAAUCAAUAAUACGAAAUCUUGUCGAGAAAAACUAGAUUGUUACCAAACUAGAAUUAGAGAGAAUCUCGUAACUAUUAAUUCGAUUUUGGAUGAAUUGCAAACGUUCGGACGUGAAACAAACAUUUCAUCUACAAACAGGACACUGUAUGAAGCAAUUGUUCAGAAUAAAAAACAACUCUUUACACUGCAGGAUCGAUAUCGUAAAGCUAUCUUUGCAGCCAAUUCAACUUUAGAAACUGUUGAAAAGGCUGAACUUACUAAUCGUUCGUCAAGAACUGAAAUCGGUAACAAGAUUUCCAAUUUAGAAGAACAAUAUCAAAAUUCAUUGGAACUUACUCAAGAUAUGACGAGGUAUGCUAGACUUCUAGCGGAAGAAGUUCAACGUGGAGCUGUUAAUGCUGAAUUACUUGAAAAUUCAUCAAAUAAAUUAAUCUCGAAUUAUUCUGAACUGAAAGAAAUGGCUGGACAUAUGAAUCAGUCGAAACAUUUAACAUCUUUAGCUCGUCGGCGUCGUUUUACAGAAAGAGUGCUUUUCUUUCUAGCAUUUUCUUUUUUCUUUUUAAGUUGUGGAACUAUAUUUUUACAUAGGAUACCUAUGGGACAUUGGUUUUUGCCAUCUAGUUAUUAG